AGUGGCAUGGUCCAAAAAUUAGACAUGUUGAUGUGUUCUAACAAGUGUCCUUGACAGCUCUUCCUGAUUGAGAGGAUGGGUCGGAGGACGCUACACAUGCUCGGACUCGGCGGUAUGUGCAUCUGUGCCAUCAUCAUGACUAUAGCACUCAGCUUAUUGGAUAGUGUUCCAUCCAUGAGCUACGUUAGCAUGCUGGCCAUUUUCGGAUUUGUGGCUUUCUUUGAGGUGGGGCCGGGUCCAAUCCCAUGGUUUUUUGUGGCCGAAUUGUUUUCCCAGGGUCCCAGACCAGCCGCCAUGGCAGUGGCAGGCUGCUCCAACUGGACUGCUAACUUCCUUGUUGGCAUGUGCUUCCAGUAUAUUGCUGAUCUUUGUGGUCCGUAUGUCUUCCUGAUCUUCGCCGGUCUACUGCUUUUUUUCCUGGUCUUCACGUUCUUUCGUGUCCCUGAGACGCGAGGCAAAACCUUUGACCAGAUUGCCACCAACUUCCUGCAGCACUCUGAUGGAAUGAUGGACAUGAAUAUGGACAAGACCAGCACAGAACUGGACUACUUAGGGGAUGAGAUAACCGACUAAGACCAGUCUGGGAGAGAGAAAGAGACUCCUUGUGGUGAAAAUGUGUAUUGUUUCAAAUGGUGUUGUGGUGUUCUCCAAAUAUUUCUAAGGCCACAUAAGGGAUUUCCUGCACUUUAACGCCACGUACUGCAACUUUUAGCAGCUUGUUCAACUUCUGCACGUCUGUUUAUUUUUGUAUUCCUUAACGUAGUGAAUCAAAACUGGCAUCAAUAAAUCGAACAAGUAAACGGUCUUGUUGAAAACAUUUAAAAGCUUCUACUUCCUCAUUAGUACGUGCGAGUGUUUUACACACAGAAAUACAACUAACCCAUUGAAAAAUACAAAAUACUUGUAUUUUAAAAAGAAAUAAUAAAAAUGUAAU